CAGUACCAGAGCCGCUGGGACCGGGAGUGUAGCUCAUAGAUCUCCGAGGAGCUGCAGAAACCACCGAGGCGCACUGAAGGAGUCCUGUGUUCCGCUUUGGCUCACUCUGCACUUCAUAAACCGCUCUGAUGUCUCUGCCCUAAUGUCGACACUCGCCCUGAGGGUCACUCUGGCGAAAACCAGCUGUACAAAAACUUUGUCACAGAAGGAUUCUUGGACUUUUGAACUUAUGUGGCUCUUAAUUUUAUUGUCAGUGGCCUUUUCAGCCGCGCAGGACUCGGACACCCUGCCCAAGAAUGAGGACAUCCCGGAGGGCGCAUCCACCCUGGCGUUCGUUUUCGAUGUGACCGGCUCCAUGUACGACGACCUGGUCCAGGUCAUCGAGGGAGCUUCUAAGAUUUUAGAAACAUCCCUGAGCCGACCGAAGAGACCGCUGUAUAACUUCGCUCUGGUGCCCUUUCAUGACCCAGAGAUUGGACCUGUAACAAUCACAACAGACCCAAAGAAGUUCCAGCAUGAGCUUAGAGAGUUGUACGUUCAGGGAGGUGGCGACUGCCCAGAGAUGAGCAUCGGUGCUAUAAAGAUCGCUUUGGAGAUCUCUUUGCCAGGAUCUUUUAUUUAUGUUUUCACAGAUGCCCGUUCUAAAGAUUACAAACUGACUCAUGAAGUCCUGCAGCUCAUUCAACAGAAACAGUCACAGGUGGUGUUUGUGCUGACGGGUGAUUGUGAUGAUAGGAAUCAUAUUGGUUACAAGGUGUAUGAGGAGAUUGCCUCUACAAGUUCUGGGCAAGUUUUYCACCUAGAUAAGAAACAGGUCAAUGAGGUUCUUAAAUGGGUAGAGGAGGCUGUGCAGUCCUCAAAGGUCAACCUGCUUUCCACUGAUCAUUUCAGUCAGGUCAGCAACACCUGGCAGAUGCCCUUUGAUCCCAGCCUAAAAGAAGUUACGGUGGCUCUCAGCGGCCCAGCACCUGAUAUUGAAAUAAAAACUCCCCAGGGAAAACUCUUGGGGAAGGCUGACGGCCUGACUGAGCUUUUGCACAUUCCCAACUCGGCCAAAGUUGUCAACAUCAAGGACCCGCAGCCAGGAAUGUGGUCUGUCAAGACAUCAAGUAAAGGGAGGCACUCAGUCCGGAUCUCCGGUCUCAGCACCAUUGACUUCCGUGCCGGGUUUUCCAGAAAACCCACAAUGGAUUUUAAAAUGACAAUCAGCAGACCAGUUCAAGGUAUUCCCACUCACAUCCUUCUGAACACCACUGGACUUUCCCCUCCUGCUCGGCCUGACCGACUGGAGCUUCUCACAAUCACCGGCGAAGUUAUCAAAACUUUGCCAAUCAGGUAUUACCCAGAGCGACAGCCGUACAACCUCUGGAACAUCACAGAGUUCAUCCCUCCAAACGAGGCCUUCUUCCUGAGGCUUACGGGAUAUGACAGCCAGGGUUUUGUGUUCCAGAGAGUCUCUAGUGUCUCGUUCUCCAGCAUUGUACCUGAUGCACCUAAGGUGGUAAUGCCAGCCACCACAAACGGUUAUUACCUCCAGAAAGGGUUUAUCAGAUGCCAGGUAGAGAGUUUGUUACCAUUUACUCAGCGCUUCAGCAGAGAUGGAAAGCGACUUGGAGUAGAYCAACUCUUCAGUGAAUCCGAURGCGUGUCAUGGGAAAUCGAAAAGGUAACUCUGAAGGACGAAGGCCACUACGAAUGCAUCGCAAUUAGCAGCGCUGGAACAGGACGAGCUCGUACCUUCCUGGAUGUGUCAGAACCGCCUCCUGCCAUCACUGUUGAAGGGAAUGUUACCGUCUCACCUGGCAGUCAUGCUGUUCUCACCUGCCAAGUCGUCAGCACCGUUGCCUUCAACCUCACCUGGCUGCGAGGGGGAUACGAUGCUCGUCUGAACCCACGUGGGAAUAUCCUUGCCAACCUUUCACUGCAGGUGUCCAAUGUGGCCCCGGACGACUCGGGCUGGUAUGAGUGCAUUGCUGCUAACGAAGGAGGAAAGACCACAGAUCGGACAUAUCUCACAGUACAAGAGGCACCCAGGGUGUCAGUGGAGCCUCGAAAUCAGACCUUCAUGAUGGGAGAUGAAGUGAGGAUCAGGUGUUCAGCCACUGGCUAUCCUCCACCACGUCUGGUUUGGACCCACAACGACAUGUUUAUUACGGGAAACAACAGACACCGGAUGACUCCUGAUGGCACUCUGGUUAUAAGAAACACAAAGAAGAAGGAUGGAGGAGUGUAUGGCUGUUUGGCCAGUAACCAGGCUGGUACUGACACGAUGACCUCCAUUCUCACCUAUUUUGAAUUUCCUGUGGUGUUAGCAGUCUUAAGAGAAAUACUCAGUAACAUUGGAGAAAUCACAACGAUGUCCUGUUCAGCGUCCGGCAUCCCUCAGCCUGAGAUCUGGUGGUACAAAGGUAAUAUUCAGCUCCAUUCCUCGGAUCUGUUGGARGUGGACAWAAUAGGAGGAACAUUUACCAUAAARCAAACCCAGUUAGGUGAUGCUGGAGACUACUCCUGUGUGGCUGUAAAUCCUGCUGGUUCCUCCUCACUAAAGAUCCGUCUUGAUGUUGGAGCUAUACCGAAGUUCACUCUUGAGCCAUCAAAUGUAGUAGAGGACAUUGGCUCCAACGUGACAUUGUCCUGUCAGGCGCAUGGGCAUCCUGAGCCGCAAGUCACAUGGAGAAGAGGGGACGGAUCCUCUCUGUUUAACCGAGCCCACUCACAUAGCACUAUCAUACAGAAAAAAGGGGACCUACACAUAUUUAAUCUAUGGGUGGAGGAUGAGGCGGAGUACAUCUGUGAGGCCAAAAACCGCUUUGGGAARAUCCAAGCCAAGGCUAGCAUCACUGUGACAGGACUUGUUAAACCUGUGAUUGCAAUGAGUCCGCUUGUUAUCAGUGUGAUCGAGGACCAGCAGCUCACUCUGCCCUGCGUGCUGCUGGCUGGAAAUCCACUACCAGAAAGGCAGUGGCUCCACAACUAUGGCCUGGUGACCCCAGACCAGUAUGUCACAGUGAGGAGAGAUGGUAGCCUGCAUAUUGAGAGAGUUCAGCUGGAUGAUGGAGGCGACUACACCUGCUUGGCUGAAAACGUUAUAGGGGCCACCAACCAUACGACUGCCGUUUACGUCUAUGUUAUCCCUACAAUUCAGUAUGGGCCUCAAGUAUUUAGCACAAUUGAAGGAACACCUAUAACUCUGCCCUGCAGUGCCAGUGGAGUACCCAGUCCGGACAUCACUUGGAGCAAGGGUGGGGAGCUGCUAAACUUGGGUGGUCCAGCUUUCUCUUUGGAUUUGGAUGGCAGCCUCCUCAUCACUUCUCCCUCUGGAAACGAGACUGGAGAGUUUGUCUGCACAGCUACCAAUGCAGCGGGAUAUGCAACUAGGAAGGUGCAGCUCACAGUCUAUGUCCGACCCAAGCCUGGAGUUGGUGGAACUGGAGGUUUAGGAGAGCCUGUGAGGAUGUCAGUGAUCCAGGGGGAGGAUAUUGUUUUGCCAUGUGACGUUCAAAGUGUCCCACCACCCACCAUCAGCUGGGCGAAAGAGAGACAGCUCAUCUCGCCCUUUUCCCCGAGGCAUCGUCAGCUUCCAUCUGGAUCGAUGAAGAUCCUUGAGACUAGAGUUUCAGACAGUGGACUUUAUGUUUGUGUUGCCUCAAAUAUUGCUGGUAAUGUGACGUUGUCCAUCGAGCUGAGUGUUUUAGUUCCUCCUAAAAUCCAGCCAGGUCCAAGAUUGAUAAAGGUUCAGGUUGGUCAUCAAGUAGAGCUGGCUUGUGCGGUGGUAGGAUUCCCGGAGCCGACUGUCAGCUGGACCAAAGACAAUAGAAACUUCCCUGUGUCACAUGAUGGCACUCUCACACUGAGGGAUGUAAAGCUUGAUGAUGAAGGAAUCUACACAUGCACAGCCACCAACUCUGCAGGCCAGGACCAGGCUCAGGUUAAGGUUCAAGUCCAAGUCCCCCCUGUUGUUGAGGUGCCAGAGCCUCCUUUCAACAGCCCUCUGCAGGAGAGAGUUUUGAACCAGCGCAUCGCAUUCCCCUGCCUUGCAAAAGGUCUACCUAAGCCAGUGAUCCAUUGGUUGCAUAAUGGGGUUGAACUGACGGGCAAUGAGCCCGGUGUGUCCAUCCUGGAUGAUGGUACUCUGCUGAUUUUAGCCGCUGUCUCACCUCUGGAUGAUGGAGAGUACGUCUGUACUGCAGCUAACGAUGCAGGAUCCACCGAGAAAAAGUACCAGCUCAGAGUCAAUGUACCACCAGAUUUUCGUGAUGGGGACACACCAGGCAGUGUAUCAGUAGUCCUAAAUGAGCCAGUCAGUUUGGUGUGUGAUGUCACGGGAAGUCCAAAACCUAUCAUCACCUGGUUUAAGGAUGGCUCUCCUGUUGUUGGYGGUAACAGCAUCCAGAUUCUUGACAUGGGAAAAUCUCUGAAACUGCUGAGGGCAGAAACGGCUGAUGCAGGCAGCUACAGCUGUAAAGCCAUUAACAUUGCAGGCAGCAGAGAAAAAGAGUUUGUUUUAGAUGUACUUGUCCCACCAACAAUUGUAGGAUCUGGCUCUCCUAUGGAUGUUUCAACAAUUCUCAAACAAGAGCUCACGCUUGAAUGCAAAGUGCACGGUUCACCUUUUCCCACAAUCCAGUGGUACAAAGACAGAAAGUCGGUGUUUCUUGGUGAUCCCAAUCUGGAAGUCAUCAACAGGGGUCAGGUGUUGAGGAUAAAAAAUGCUCGACUUGGAGACCAGGGUCGCUACCAGUGUAGCGUCAUAAACACAGCUGGAAAACAGUCCAAAGACUUCAACCUUAGUGUUUAUGUGCCUCCUGCCAUCAUAGGAGGCAACUUAACAACGGAUGUGACAGCACUGCUGGACACAAUGGUAACACUGGGGUGUGAAGUACGUGGAGUACCGCAUCCCACCAUCACCUGGUACCGCAGAGGACAAGCCAUCAUGUCCAGCCGACAGGCUCAGUAUCUAGAGAGAGGUGUCCGACUGAAGAUCCCACGAGUUCAGGCGUCUGACGCUGGUCAGUACACCUGCAGGGUUAACAAUGUGGCCGGAAAUGCAGAGAAGAGCUUUGAGCUGGACGUCUACAUGCCUCCCACCAUUACUGGAGGGGACGAUGGGCCCACGGAGAGAAAAGUGGUCCUCAGUAAACAUCUGACCCUGGAGUGUGAGGCAGCAGGUCACCCACCGCCCUCCCUCACCUGGCUGAAAGAUGGAGUCCCUGUGCAUCAUGGAGACAGUGUUCGUCUUCUAGAUCAGGGGAGGAAAUUAGAAAUCCUCUCAGCCUCCAUCUCAGACUCUGGACGCUACAUCUGUGUUGCUACAAGCAUCGCUGGAGAGAAGGAGGUCAAAUAUGAUGUCAAAGUAUUGGUUCCUCCUUUCAUUGAUGGAGCUGACGCAGUGACAGACAGCUCAGUAAUAAUCAACACUCCUCUGGAGCUGGAGUGUCAAGCCACUGGGACGCCUGCACCUGUUAUCACAUGGUACAAAGAUGGGAAACGAAUCAGAUCUGGAGAAGGGUUGCGGAUUGCAGCAAGCGGGCGACGGCUCAUCAUUUCUCGUGCUCAGAUCUCUGACACGGCUAAUUUUCGCUGUCUGGCCACGAAUGAGGCUGGAGACCACGAGAGGAACUUCAAUGUGACAGUCCAAGUCCCACCAUCUAUCCGUACGACGGGGCCUGCAGAUCGCUCAGUGAUUCUUCACAAACCGAUCACUUUGGAGUGCAUCUCCAGUGGCACUCCUCCACCCAGUCUCACCUGGCUUAAAGAUGGCCGACCUGUGGUCACAACAAAAGACCACCUCAAGCUGCACUCAGCAGGAAGAACACUAAAUAUCACAGAAGCCAGACUGGAGGAUUCUGGGAGAUACACCUGUCUGGCCACAAAUGCAGCUGGAGAAGCCCAACAGCAUGUUCGACUGAGUGUCCAUGAGCCUCCCAGCAUCCUCCUUUCUGCAGACGUCGUCAACCAGACUGUUCUCUCAGGCUUCCCCACUGAGCUGGAGUGCAAAGCUGCAGGAAGUCCAUUACCUGCUGUAACAUGGUACAAAGAUGGCCGACCUCUUACUGGUGCAGCUGCUGUCCCGAUCCGGAAGCGCGGCCAGGUGCUGGAGAUUGAACAAGCCCAUCUAUCUGAUGCUGGAAUGUACAAAUGUGUGGCUGUUAACCUAGCAGGAGCAGCAGAGAAAGUCUACAGUCUGCAAGUGUUUGUCCCUCCAGAAAUCUCCAGUAGAGGUGGAACGGUUACAGCUGUGGUGAAUGAAGCUGUAAAACUUGCGUGUGAGGCCUCUGGGGUUCCUGUUCCCAGCCUGACAUGGUUAAAAGAUGGAAGCCCUGUGGCAAGUGUAUCACAUGGUUUACAGUUGCCAUCUGCAGGCAGAGUCCUGUCUCUGAGCAGUGCCCAGGUCAGUGAUACUGGUAGAUACACCUGUGUUGCAGUUAAUGCAGGAGGGGAGCAACAAAAGGAGUACGAUCUGAGGGUGUAUGUUCCACCGAACAUCAAGGGUGAGGAAGUGAAUGCAACAGUGAUGCUCGGUGGUCCAGUACAGCUGCACUGCCACAGCGACGCAGUGCCUCCACCAACUCUCUUAUGGCGAAAAGAUGGCCGCCCUAUUUUCAGGAAACCUGGUCUAAUUGUCUCUGCAGAUGGUAGUUUACUCAAGGUUGAUAAUGCUCAGCUGCAGGACUCAGGAAGGUACACUUGUGAAGCCACCAAUGUUGCUGGAAAAACUGAGAAAAACUAUAACUUGAUUGUUUGGGUUGCUCCCAGUAUCCGCGGCUCUGAGGAGGCAUCUCCUAUGACUGUGAUCGAAGGAAGUUUUAUCACUCUGUUGUGUGAGUCCAGUGGUAUACCACCUCCCAGCCUUACAUGGAUGAAGGAUGGUUAUACUCUAAAGCCAGACCAGCGGCUGAAGGUUUUGUCUGGAGGGCRCCAGCUGCAGAUCUCCAGCGCUGAGAAAACAGACACAGGCUCUUACAGCUGCACAGCCUCCAGUGCUGCUGGCUCCACCUCAAAGGAGUACAGCCUCCAAGUUUAUGUUCGUCCUUCAAUCGGACGUAGUGAAGACAACUCUAACGAUGUGACAGUGAYAAAAGGAGGCGGUGUGACGUUGCAUUGCGCUGCAGAGGGCGUCCCACAGCCCACAGUCACUUGGCUUAAGGACGGGCGGCCCAUAGAGGGCCAGCAUGGUGCUCAGGUCCUAAACGAGGGCAGAGUGUUGCAGAUUAAAGACGCCAAGGUGUCAGACACGGGACGCUACACCUGCAUUGCUGUUAAUGUGGCAGGACAGGCAGACAUUAAGCAUGACGUCAGUGUGCAUGUCCCACCUGUUAUAACCGGUCAGGUGCAGUUUCCAGAAAACGUCAGUGUUGUGGUGAAGAACCCAGCUUCUCUGAACUGUGAGGCUUCUGGUAUCCCUCUGCCUUCCAUCUCCUGGCUGAAGGAUGGAAGGCCAGUCAAGGCAACUAGCUUGGUGCGCAUCGUCUCCGGGGGGCGUAGUCUCCGUCUGUUGCACACCGCAGUGGAGGAUGCUGGGAAGUACACUUGCGUUGUCGCCAACAGCGCUGGAGAAGAAAGGAAAAACUUCGAUCUUGACAUUCUAGUUCCUCCAAGUAUUGUGAAGGAGGGAACGGUCAUGGAUACUAAAGUAAAAGAAUCCCAAAACAUCACUCUAACCUGUGAAGCAUCAGGUAACCCUCCACCAGAGAUUAAAUGGCUGAAGGACGGACAGCUGUUGGUGCCUGACAGACGUCAGCAGAUUGUGUCAUAUGGCCGUUUCCUCCAGAUCUUUGAGGCUCAUGUUGCAGACACUGGAAGAUACAGUUGUGUGGCAUCAAACAGCGCAGGAGAACGCAGACGGCAUUUCAACCUCAAUGUUCUGGUUUCUCCCACCAUUGCUGGUUCGGGUCCUGACAUUUCUGCGGAGGAGGUUACAGUGACCCUGAGCAGCCCCACCUCCCUGGUCUGUGAAGUCCAGUCCUACCCUCCUGCUCUGAUCACCUGGCUCAAAGACGGCAAUCCAUUUGAAUCGACUCGCAGCGUUCGAGUUCUCCCAGGCGGRCGGACGCUGCAGAUUCUUAAUGCCAAGAAGGAGGAUGCUGGCAGGUACACUUGUGUGGCCACAAAUGAGGCGGGAGAGACUCUKAAGCACUAUGAGGUCAAAGUUUAUGUUCCUCCUCAGAUUAAUAAGAAUGAUAUUCCUGGGGAAGGACUUGCCCCUAAAGAGGUAAAGAUCAAAAUUAACAGCACAUUGACCCUGGAAUGUGUUGCUCAGGCCUUUCCUUCUCCAGCACUGCAGUGGUAUAAAGAUGGACAGGCCCUGAUGGCAGAUGACCAUGUGUCCAUCAUAGCCAACGGUCGCAUUGUUCAGAUCAAACAUGCCCAAGUGUCAGACACUGGUCGCUACACCUGCGUCGCCACUAAUCUAGCAGGAGAGGACGAGAAGGACUUUGAUGUAAAUAUACAAGUACCUCCACAUUUCAAUAGGCCUGGUGGAGUCAGGGAUACUUCAUCAAUCUCGGGUUUUGGAGGGGAUCCUCGUGAUGUCAUACUUAACAAUCCAAUCUCUCUGUACUGUGAGACAAAUGCUGUACCCCCUCCAACCCUCACCUGGUACAAAGACGGAAAGCUCCUUACCUCUAAUGACAAAGUUUUGAUCCUACCCGGUGGGAGGGUGUUACAGAUUCCCAGGGCGCAGCUUGAAGAUUCUGGCAGAUACACCUGUGUGGCCAUCAAUGAAGCAGGAGAAGACUCCAUCCAGUAUAACGUCAGAGUGCUGGUACCUCCAAGCAUAAGAGGAUCAGACAGUGAUGUGCUUGAAGAAGUCAUUGUCCUGGUCAACAAAACUGCCCAACUGGACUGUCACGUGGAUGGAAACCCAACCCCCAAGAUCACCUGGUUUAAAGAUGGUCAGGCGAUGAAUUCAGGCGGAAAACGCAGUAUUCUGUCUAAUGGACGAGCAUUACAGGUGUCGAAUGCUCAAGUUUCUGAAACAGGACAGUAUGUGUGUGUGGYUGAAAAUGUAGCUGGAAGUGCAGAGAAACACUUUAACCUGAAUGUUCAUGUGCCUCCCACGAUUGUUGGUGUGAGUCCAGAGAAUGUGACGGUGGUGGUGAACAACUUUGUGUCCCUCACCUGUGAAGCUAGCGGCUUUCCUCCUCCCACCCUGAGCUGGCUAAAUGACAGGGGGCCCAUACAGCCUAAAAGUAAUACCCUCAUCAUGCCAGGUGGUCGUACUUUACAGAUCCUUAAAGCUAAAGUGUCUGAUGGUGGAAAGUACAGCUGUGUGGCCAUAAAUGCAGCAGGACAGGCUCACAAACACAUCUAUCUCACUGUUUAUGUACCUCCAAGUAUCCGGGGCAACAGCGGAGACGUGCCUGUAGAGGUCAAUGUUCUUGUUGGGAAAUCUGUAACCUUGGAGUGCGAGUCCAACGCCGUCCCUCCUCCCAUUAUCACCUGGUACAGGAAUGGCAGAGUGGUGACAGAAACAACCAACACACAUAUUCUGCCAGGGGGACAAAUGCUUCAGAUCAAACGCUCUGAGGUGUCUGAUACAGGCCAGUAUGUCUGCAUGGCCUCAAAUGUUGCUGGCCAAGUGAGCAAGAACUUCAACUUGAAUAUUCAUGUUCCUCCCAGUAUCGACGGCCCAGCAGAGGAGAAUGUUGUGGAAACCAUCAGCAACCCAGUUGCUUUCACUUGUGAUGCUACUGGAAUCCCUCCACCCAGUCUCAYGUGGCUGAAAAAUGGACACAUUAUAGAGAACUCUGAGUCUCUGGAGAUGAACAUCUUCUCAGGAGGCAGCAAACUACAGAUAGCACGGCUGCAGCUUUCUGACAGUGGGACCUUCACAUGUGUGGCCUCUAAUGUUGAGGGCAAAGCACACAAGAGUUACCACCUCACUAUGCAAGUCCCACCCAGUAUCUCUGGAUCAGAAAUGCCCAGGGAGAUGGGAGUCCUUGUGAAUGAGAGCAUUGAGCUGAUCUGUGAAGCUCAGGGAAUCCCGACUCCAACAAUCCAGUGGUUGAAAGAUGGAGAAGCCAUCAAGAGCACAGAACUCAAAGGUCUCAGGGUCAGUCCACAUGGUAAUACUCUAACCGUGACCCAAGCGGACCCUGCUGUCAGUGGAAAGUACACUUGUGUGGCCUCUAAUGCUGCUGGAGAAGAGGACAGAAUCUUUCAUUUACAUGUGUAUGUUCCUCCAUCCAUUCUCGGCAGCAGUGAGGAUCAGACCGCAGUUCUGGACAGUUCUGUCAGYAUCGAAUGCGUUGCUACUGGGUCACCUCGGCCGCAACUGAACUGGCUGAGGAACGGGCUGCCUCUCCCAGUCUCYUCCAACAUACGACUUCUCUCUGCUGGACAAGUGCUCCGGAUAAACCGAAUCCAAGUGUCUGAUGGUGGAAGCUAUACAUGUGUGGCAUCUAACAGAGCAGGAGUGGACAACAGACAGUACAACCUACAGGUUCACGUUCCUCCUGGCCUGGAAGGAGCAGGAACCACAGAAGAUGUGACUGUCAUCAGAGGAAAUUUGGCGUCAUUGCUCUGUGUUGCUGAUGGGAGUCCAACUCCUACCAUUUCCUGGCUCAGAGAUGGAGAAACGUUAACAGCUGACCACAGAAUCAGUCUCCUUGGCUUUAACACCACCUUACAGUUCARCCAGGCCCAAGUUAAUGACACAGGACACUACAGCUGCGUGGCUAAUAACAAUGCUGGUCAAGCAAGCCGCCAUUUUAACCUAAAAGUUCUGGAUCCUCCGCGUAUCAAGAGCUCUGGUCAACCAGAAGAGGUUUCUGUAGUGGUGAAUAAUGUCCUGGAGUUGCUCUGUGAGGCCACCGGUAUCCCAACACCCACUUUGACCUGGCUGAAGGAUGAACGCCCACUCCCACAGACAGAAAACCUGCAUCUCCUCCGUGGGGGAGAGAUACUCCGCGUUACCGCAGCACAGCUGGAGGACACAGGCAGAUACAGCUGCUUAGCAAACAGUCCAGCAGGAGAUGAUGACAAAGAUUUCCUGGUUCGAGUGCAUGUUCCCCCUAACAUUUCUGGAGAAAGCACAACUCGGCAUCUGUCAGUGCUGCAGAAGGGUCAGGUWACUCUGGAGUGCAAGUCUGAUGCUGUUCCACCUCCAACUUUGACCUGGCUCAAGGAUGGCACACCGCUCCAGAAAUCGCCACGGCUUCGUAUUCUGUCCAGUGGACGCUAUUUACAAAUCAACAUGGCGGCUCUUUCGGACAGAGCUCAGUACACCUGCAUGGCGAGUAACAUCGCGGGCAAGACCACUCGACUGUUUAACCUGACUGUUAAUGUACCUCCAACUAUCAAGGACGGCUCUCAGAUGGUGGUGGGACACAUCAACAAGCCAGCGACUCUUGAAUGUGUGGUUAGCGGAGUGCCACCGCCGCGAGUCACCUGGAGGAAAAAUGGAGCAGUAAUAGCAGAAAAUAACCCCAGAUAUACAUUUGCAGGGGAUGGAUCUUUAYACAUCCCCUUAGCCCAGGUGACAGACACCGGGCGCUACCUGUGCAUGGCAACAAAUCAAGCUGGUACACAGCGCAAGAGAAUCGAUCUUCAAGUUUAUGGUGUGUCUAGUUACCUGAUUAUCCUCCCUGUGUAUUUAAACCCACCUGUUGGCUUUGUCUCUUGUCGGUUCCUCGUCUUUGUCAGCGUCAGUGUGUCAGUCGUCACAGUAGAACUGGUUAAGUCUUGUGUGGCAUCAGCUCUCGUUUUCCGGUUCUCUAUCAGUUGCUACCGAUUGCUGUCAUCAGGCUCCUUGGUGAUUAUAGCUCCKACAGUGGAGGACACUGCAGAGUACAAAUGUGUGGUUUCUAAUGAAGCUGGAGAGGAAUCCAGAUUAAUUAMUCUUUCAGUUAUUGUUCCUCCAUCCAUAGCAGAUGAACCCACAGAUAUAGUUGUGACAAGACUGUCCCCGGUGGUUAUUGCUUGUACUGCAACUGGGGUGCCUGCACCUKUAAUCGACUGGACCAAAGGCGGCAUGAAGCUUCUCAAUAAAGGGGAAGGAUACAACAUUUUGCCAACAGGUCAUGUCCAGAUCCCUGCUGCUCAGCUCAGUCACGCUGGACGCUACACCUGCAUGGCCAAAAACAUCGCUGGCUCCACACASAGACAUGUGCAGCUAACAGUGCAGGAACUGCCGGUGAUCCAGUCCCAUCCCGCCACACUGGAUGUGAUCUACAACAGCGCCGUUACUUUGCCCUGCAGAGCCACAGGCUCACCCAGACCCUCCAUUACCUGGCAGAAGGAGGGCAUCAACAUACCCGCCACUGGUGGAGUUUACACAAUACUUCCUGAUGGAAGUCUCCAGAUCUCCAAGGCGUCUCUCGCAGACUCUGGGACCUUCAUUUGUGUAGCACAAAACCCUGCAGGCACUGCACUGGGCAAGACCAAACUCAGAGUGCAAGUUACUCCAGUGAUCCUUUCAGAGACUCAGGAGUUACUUGCACUUUUGGACUCCUCUGUGACUCUUCAUUGCGAAGCUGCAGGAUCGCCUCCACCCUCCAUCACAUGGCACAAAGACGGGCAGCUGCUGACUGACUCCGGACACCAGCGGCUGCUCAGCUCAGGAUCCCUCCAGAUCGCCUUCGUUCAGCAGAGCGAUGCUGGAAGAUACACUUGCACUGCUGCCAAUCCUGCCGGCACUGACAGCUUUGAUAUGACACUUACUGUACAGAUGCCUCCUUCUAUCAGUGGUGGAAAACAGGAUGUGGUUGUUGUGGAAAAAAGUCAGGCUCAGCUGAUGUGUGUGGCGGAGGGCAUCCCACAACCCGAACUGUCCUGGAAAAAAGACGGGAAUCCUCUCAGCGAAAGCCGAGGGGAGUUCACCAUCCUGCCAUCCGGGGAGCUGAUUAUUGACAGCGCGCAGCCUGAAGAUGCCGGCAGUUAUACUUGUGUCGCAACGAAUUCAGUCGGGGAGGACAGCAGGACGGUGACGCUGUCGGUUCAUUCUCACCCCUCCUUCACCAAACUGCUCACAGAUGUUUCUCUCAACAAAGGAGAGCGACUCGUGCUGACCUGUGGUGUCAGUGGAAUCCCAACACCCACCGUUAAAUGGAUCAUGAACAACAAAAAUAUCCCAGUCCACUAUAAUCAUGUGAAUGGUCACAGUGAGCUUGUGAUAGAGAGAGUAAGUAAAGAAGACACUGGUACCUACACAUGUGUAGCUGAAAACACAGUGGGGACCAUCAAGUCCCUGGGAUUCGUCUAUGUUAAAGAACCUCCAAUAAUCGAUGGGGACCUGCAUGCCAGCCGAAUUGAACCUCUUGGUGGUAAUGCCGUCCUGAACUGUGAGGUUCGAGGCGACCCGCUGCCAACUAUCCAGUGGAGCAAAAAUGGCAUAAACAUCCAGAUCAACAACCGAAUCCGACAGCUGGAUAACGGCUCCCUGGCCAUCUAUGGCACAGUGAGUGAAGACGCGGGCAGCUACAUGUGUGUAGCAACAAAUGAUGCUGGGGUUGUGGAAAGAAGCGUCACCCUUACACUUCAGAGAGCUCCAGUUAUAACUUUGGAGCCAGUCGGAACGGUUGUGGAUGCAGGUACCACUGUGGUUCUUAGCUGUAAAGCAGAGGGUGAACCAGGACCCAUGAUAGAGUGGACCCAACAUGCACGCCCCCUGCUGGCAAAUGACCGUUUCUCCACCCUGUCUAAUGGCUCCCUCCGGAUCACCAGUGCCCAAAAGGAGGACACGUCUGAAUACGAAUGCGUGGCCAGGAACUUACUCGGAUCAGUGGUGGUCAGCGUCGCUCUCACUGUCCGCGUUCAUGGUGGAUAUUCUGAGUGGACUGAGUGGGGCAUCUGCAGUGUGUCCUGUGGCGCCGGUACCCAGAAAAGAGUCAGGCGGUGUAACAAUCCGUUACCGGCUAACGGAGGCCGCCACUGUGCAGGAUCAGACGCAGAAACACGCAGCUGUCAGGGGAAACCAUGUCCAGUUGAUGGCAACUGGUCACAGUGGUCUCCCUGGGAGGAAUGUUCACAAACCUGUGGUCAGGGCAACAAAACGAGGGUCCGGAGCUGCAGUAACCCACCUGCUCAGCACGGGGGCAGACCAUGUGUGGGGAAGGCAGUAGAAGCUAUAAUGUGCAGUAUCAGACCAUGUCCAGUGAUGGGCAACUGGGGUUCUUGGCUGUCAUGGAGUCCCUGCAGUGAGACCUGCGGUAAGGGCGUACAGUCCAGGAUCCGACUGUGCAACAACCCUCCUCCAGCAUUCGACGGCCCGCAGUGUGAAGGCACAGACACCCAAUCACAAGUCUGCAAGGAGAAACCCUGUCCUGUGGAUGGAAAGUGGUCGUCAUGGAUGAGCUGGGGGCCCUGCAGUGUUUCUUGUGGCGGUGGGAGCAGACAGCGGGCACGCCUCUGUGCAAGCCCCGCCCCUCAGCAUGGUGGCAGAACAUGCGAGGGAAAUGACGUGCACACUGAUUUCUGCAAUGGCGACCGCUGUCCRAUCAAUGGUAACUGGGGACAGUGGAGUAGCUGGGGCAGCUGCAGCAAGACAUGCAACGGAGGUCAGAUGAGGCGCUACAGGACCUGUGACAACCCUCGACCUUCUCAUGGUGGGAGAGCUUGUGCAGGAGCCGAUUCACAGAUGCAGAAAUGUAGCACUGCAGAAUGUCCUGUGGAUGGUAACUGGAGCUUAUGGCAGGCCUGGGGAGGAUGCUCCUCUUCCUGCGGCGGAGGAGAAAGGACACGUGUCCGACUUUGUAAUAACCCGCCUCCCAGUAACGGUGGCCGGCUUUGCCCAGGUGACCCCACUCAGCUAUCAAGRUGCAACAAUCAGGCAUGCCCAGGUGGGCCUCAUAAAACUCGAGGAAGCAUCAUAGGAAACAUUAAUGACAUUGAGUUUGGCAUCGCCUACCUAAAUGCCACAAUCACUGACAGCAACUCGGGCAGCAGAACCAUCAAAGCCACUAUUUCAAAUGUACCAAGAACUUUAGGUCCUGCGAUGAGGAAGCUCAUCUCCAUCCUGAACCCCAUCUACUGGACCACUGCACAGGAAAUAGGAGAGGCAGUUAACGGUUACACCUUGACAGGCGGUGUCUUCAGGCGAGAGACGCAGGUGGAGUUUGCUACAGGUGAAAUCCUGAGGAUGACCCACGUUGCUCGAGGCCUGGACUCUGAUGGAGCUUUGCUUCUGGACAUUGUAGUUAACGGCCAUGUUCUGCAGCUGCCUUCACAUGCUGACAUAAACAUCAAGGACUACACAGAGGAUUACAUUCAGACCGGUCCCGGUCAGCUGUAUGCUCUGUCCACCCGCAUGUUCAUCGUCGACAAGGAAAGUGUGCCCUACUCCUGGAACCACACCAUCUCCUAUGAUCGCACUAAAGGAAAGAUGCCCUUCCUGGUAGAAACGCUCCAUGCCACGGCCAUCAGCGCUCUCUACCGCCCCCUGGAGGAAUUGUUGGAAUACAGCAUCCAAGCCAGUAUAACCAAAGGUGAUCGCAGCAACCAGUGUCCUCAUGGCUUCACUCUGGUGUCUGCUGGGCCUUACUGUGCAGAUGAAAAUGAGUGUGACGUUGGGAACCCCUGUUCUCAUACCUGCCACAACACCAUGGGAACCUACUACUGCUCUUGUCCGCAUGGCCUCACCAUAUCAGCUGAUGGCAAAACCUGCCAAGACGUUGACGAGUGCUCCCUUGGUGGAAACAUGUGCCAUGGCGGACAAGACUGUGAAAACACCAUUGGCUCCUAUAGAUGUGUAAUGCGCUGCGGCCACGGCUUCAGGAGAACGGCUGACGGGCUCAGCUGCACCGAUGUGGACGAGUGCUUGGAGUCCCAGCCGUGUCAUCAGCAGUGUAUGAAUACCAUAGGAAGUUAUCGUUGUGCCUGCGAACCGGGCUUUCAGCUCAGGAACAGACGGUGCAUCGACAUAAACGAGUGCAGGCAGAGGGUUUGCCGUUUGGAUCAACAGUGUAAAAACACGCGAGGCGGUUACACCUGCAUCGAUCUGUGUCCGAGUGGAAUGACCAAAAGUGGGAACGGCUCAUGUGUGGACAUCGACGAGUGCAGAGAUGGAACGCAUCAGUGCAGAUUCAACCAGAUCUGUGAGAACACCAGAGGCAGCUACCACUGUACGUGUCCACGUGGUUUCAGAUCUCAGGGAGUAGGACGCCCAUGUGUCGACAUAAAUGAGUGUGAGCGGCUCCCUCAGCCCUGUGCCCAUGAGUGCAUCAACACUCCUGGUAGUUUCAAGUGCACCUGCCCACCAGGACGCCACCUGCUGGGAGAUGGCAAGUCCUGCGCUGGGCUGGAGCGUCUACCCACCUACGAAAGUUACUCGUACGGCUACCGCACGUCCCAGUCCUCUCCCGAACAAGCGCCCAACCAGCGGCUGUACCACAGCUUUGCUUCUCACAGCUACAACUCCUUCACCGCCACAAAUARGCGCUACAUGAACCGUAACCRGAGAGAGGCUCACAAACACCGCUCAAGGCAGGGUUUCCCUGCUUGUAAGGAAGGUUUUGAGUCCAGGGCUGGCCACUGCUUGGAUAUCAAUGAGUGUGAAGUGAGGGAUGUCUGCCAGCAUGAGUGUGUGAACACACCAGGGAGCCACCGGUGCCUCUGUCCUGCUGGUUACCGUCUGAUGGCUAAUGGAAAAACAUGUCAAGAUAUAGACGAGUGCCAGGAGCAGAACAUCCAAUGUGGAGUAAAUCGGAUGUGCUUCAACACAAGAGGAAGCUACCAGUGCAUCGACACACCCUGUCCUCCGAACUACCAGAGGGACCCAGCCACAGGGUUCUGUUUGAAGAACUGCCCACCAAACGACCUGGAGUGCACAYUGAGUCCAUAUGCGCUGGAGUACAAGCUGCUGUCUCUACCUUUUGGUAUUGCAGCCAACCAGGAUCUCAUCAGGUUGGUGGCCUAYACACAGGACGGCGUGAUGCACCCCAGAACCACCUUCUUGGUGGUGGACGAGGACGUCACCUUGCCCUUCGCCCUCCGAGACGAGAACAUGAAGGGCGUGUUGUUCACCACACGGCCGCUGCGAGAGCCGCACACGUACCGCAUGAAGGUGCGAGCGCUCUCUUACAGCGAGGACGGCGCCAUUGAGUACCAGACAACCUUCAUUGUAUACAUCGCUGUCUCUGCCUACCCUUACUGAGAGCACUUUAAGUGACGCGAGAUGAAGAUGUGCGGUUGAAAUGCRCCUUCAGCUUGCAGAACAACAGUGUGGUGAGASWGAUAUGAUGUGGUGUUUGGACUUUUGGCCACCGCAGUAUGAAGAUUGAAAGACUGAUGUUAAGUGUGUGCGAGGACAGUAAGCGGCUAGUUCUGACGAUGUAUGGAUGUAAUGGGAAUAUGAAAGAGACUGAAGAAACGGGGAUAAAACUGAUGCCUUCCUCUUAUCCCUCCAAGCUCUGCCAGUCUGUAAGGAAUCAAUUAUUUUAGUUUUUUAUAUUUUGACUUCACAUUUUCUCACAUCAUUCAAAUGUAUUUAUAARGUCAGUUUCYUUAUAGUCRAUGUGUAAUUCCAACUACCUAAUAUUACUUUACUGGAAAGUGCUUGAACAUCAACACAACUGAACUUCAUUUACUAGUAGAGAUACAUGGUGCUCAUGUUGGAAAUCAGAGGUUUCCAGGUAGUUUUCAUCUGUUUUGUUGUCAUGGAAACUGCUCCAUUAGCAAGUUUUUUUUUUCUUUCCAGGAAAUACCAGGAUGUAUUUUAUUUUAACUUGUACAUAAUGCUUUAGCUCAAAUUGUGAUGCAGUACCUCUCCUAAUUUUAUUAGUUUUUGUAAUAAAAAAAUGUAUAAACUACACUGACAAAAUAAAAUACUCAUGCCUGUA